CUAUAGCUCCCAAUGCGACAUUGGCGUCAGUUGCCAUUUGAUUCUCGGCCGAUUGGGACGCGUGUGCUCCAAGAAUCCAAUAAGAAAAUCGCUCGGGACGUGCGAAUCGGAAAGCUGCCUUUUUCGAGCUGGGAGCCGCAGAAGUCCGAGCCGCGUGCAUAAUUUUUAUUGUCGCUUAAUUAGUUUAAAUUUAUUUGUAUGAAAUCAAACGAACUAACUGCGAAGAGUUCUCGCGAGAAAUAAAUUGCAUUCGAAAAUAUUUAAUGUUUCACUAAGUAGGAGCCAUGGUCAAUCCGUCGCCCGACCGAGCUGGAGAAUCCACUGCCCCCCACAUCCUCCCCAAUGACAUGGAGCAUGACCUGGACAAGAGGAUGGCCACGCCACCUCCAGCCCCUGCGAGCAGCGACGUCAUCGCCGAUGUUGUGGGCGACUUUGGCAUCUGGCAGCUGAGAACCAUUCUCAUCAUCUUCCUGUGCAAAAUCCCCGCCGCCUGGUUCAUGGCCUGCAUCAUCUUCACCGGACCGGAACUCUAUCCCGGCUCGGAGUUCACCUGCGACACCACUUACUUGACUAGCAGCAACUCCAGCUUCAGUGUUUCGGAUGACCAGUGCUACAUCACGGACGAGUCCACUGGCACCAGCUCCGAGUGCGAGCAGUUCGCCUACGUGUCCAGUUUCGACUCCCUGAUCAUGCAAUUCAAUCUGGUCUGCUUCAGGGACAUCUUCGUGGCCUGGACUCAGUACUGGCAUCUGUUCGGAGUGCUUGUAGGUGGCGUUGUGGGCACCAAGAUGAUGCUGGGAAUCAGCCCGAGGAGCACCUAUUGCGUGGGCGCUGUAGCCCAGAUUUUGUGUGGAGUAGUCACUGGAUACGCAAGGGAUUUCAGUCUCCACUGCGCCUUCCGCUGCCUCUCCGCCGUCUGUUGCGCGAUCAUGUUCACAGCUGGUCAGGCAAUAUUUGCCGACAUCACGGCGGGCAUGCAUCGAAUUGGUGCCAUUAUCCUGUACGACACUUUCUGGUCCAUUGGCGUGAUCCUCUUGCCAGGGCUUUCCUCAUUCUUCAACAGCUGGUCCCUGAUCUAUGUGGGCAUUACAUUUCCCACUGUCAUGCUGAUCCUGCUGCUCUACUGGACCCCGGAUUCUCCGCGCUGGCUGCUCCGGCACGCCGUGGAUCGCUUCUCCAUCGACAAUGUGGAGCAGAUCGUGCGUGAGGGAGCGGCGAUCAACGAUCGCACGUUUAAGAUCCCUCCGGAUUUCCGGAUGCAGCUGGAGCAGCUAAGCGAGCGCUUGAAGGCUCAGCCCCCACCAGCUCCUUGGAAGGAGUUGUGGAAGGGAAAGCGGGCCAAGACGCACAUGGUAGCUGCCCACUUGGCACUGGCCUUCUUCGUCAUCAACUUCAUGGGCAUGCUGCUCAACAUAAGAUCGUUUGGAAGAGACUACCUGGUACCGAACACUAUUGCCAUGGGAUUUUCUGAAAUCUUUGGCUGCUUCCUGGCGCUCCACUUUACACUCAAGCACAACAAGUGGAAAUGGCAGUGUGCAGGGGUGUUCAAUAUAUUAGCUGGAAUCCUGGGCUGCAUGGGCUGGAUCUUCAGCAAUGCGGACUCAAUGGACGCUGAGCUAAAAGUGAGCCUCUGGAUGAUCAUCGCCACCAUUCCCAAGGCGGCUGUUUCCUGUGCCCAGUCGAUGAUCCUGGCCUGCAUGAACGAACUGGUGCCGGCGAACAAGAAGCAGCUCUUCGUCUUCUCCGUGGUCACCUGGGCACGGGUGUGGCUCCUCUCAGCUCCGUUUUUCAACGUCCUAAAGAAGAUUGACACGGCCAUGUCGCUGACUUCGUAUUGUGUAUUCAGUAUCUUGGGCGGAAUCUGCACCAGCCUGCUCCUCACGCCCAGAACAAGUGUGUCUCCGGCUGUGCCCCAUUUGGAGCCGAGCAGCAAGAAGGAGCAGUCCCCUUUGAACGCCCCCGUGUGGACCGUCGAGUCCGAUGUGAACAAUACUCGAUUGUAGCCCAAGACGACAGCCUAUUUUUGCCAAUCAAUAGUCUUUGUAUUAGUCAGCUGGUGAAAAAACAUUCUUCUGUGAUUAGGUUAAGUGAAUUGUUAUUUUAAAUGCUUGAAGUUUUACUAAAGAAUAUUUGUUGGUGGAACCACAAAUAAAUUUGUCUUAUCAUA